CUGCUGUCCCCGGCCAGCGGCUUCCUGAGCCCCUCCGAGGACGACAGCCUCCCCGAGGAGUGGGUGCUGCUCCACGUGGUCCAGGGUCACAUCGGGGCCGGAAACUACAGCUACCUGCGACUAAACCACGAUGGCCGGAUCAUCCUGCACAUGCAGAGCCUCAAGGGGGACGCCGACCUCUACGUGUCGGACAAAACUCUGCGGCCGAGCUUCGACACCUACAAGCUGCAGUCGGCCACCUGCGGCCAGGACGUGGUGGUGGUGCCGGGGGACUUCGCCAGGCCCGUGGGCAUCGGCAUCUACGGCCACCCGUCUCACAAGGAGAGCGAGUUUGAAAUGCGGGUGUUUUACGACCAGACGGUCCCUCAGGACCCGUUCGAUAAGGGCUCAUACGCUUCAGAAGACGGACACAAGAAAAAGAAAUCCCCUCAGGCGGCGGAGGAGGACUUUCAGGAGGAGGAGUCGAUCUUUUGGACGAUUCUAAUCGGACUUUUGAAGAUCAUACUUGAGAUUCUGUUUUGAAAACGGCGACACGACGAGGAGAUAAUUUUCUUUUAUUUUCAGCCUCGAUCGGUUUCUUUCAUUCUGUAAGGAUGAGAAAAUGUUGCACCAAACUCCAGCGAGAAUUCUGGUAUUUUUAUUUCUUUUUCCUCGUGAUCAAACAUGCGCGCUCGAUUUAAAAAGAAAUCAGUUUUAACAGAAGUCUGAAGUUAAAACUGAAUUCACCGGUGAAGUCUGAUUAAAGUCUGUAUGUUUGGUGACGAGCAAAUGAGCAGUCGGAUUUAGCAGAUUUUAUUUUUUUUUUUGGUGUCCUCAAAGAUAAAAUGAAACAUGAAGGUGAAACACAGGUUACACGUUAAAGUCACGGACUAAAUUUGGGCCUUUUUUUUUUCUGCACUUAAACCGAAACAAAAUAUUUCUUGUGUCCUAAAGGAAAGCUUUGGGUUUUUCAAAAUGUUUCUUUAUUACAACACACACACCGUACGGCAGUUUAAAGAGUUACGUGUCUCUGUUAUUCCUCCUGUUCACUCCGGUCGCAGAAUGAACUCUUCGGAUCCUUAAAGUCCUCGAUGACGCCGUGGUAAUCUUCAAAUUAAGUAUAUUUACUCCGCCUGCUCAGGGAGGGAAUACGGCACCGUUAGGCCGCCUCGCCGCUCUGUGUAGAAGGUACAAUCGUACGACGGGAGGGGCGGAGUCGGCUCGCCUUUAAGCCGCCACGGAAGGUAGUAACGGCGCCGAAAAGUCAGGUGUGACGUUUUAACGACGUGUUAUGCGUGCGACCUGCUGCAGCGAAUAGCGGUUAAAGGGGUGAUCACGCGGAGGCACGUCGCCUGUAAAACCGGUGUUCCCAUGUGCUACAGCGCACCUGUCAGGUGUCCUCUCCUGCUGCUGAGCGAUGCGUUUUUCUGGCAUUUUAGAGGCUAAAAGUUAAAAUAUUGUCACUUUUUCAGCUCGUCACUGUCACUUUUGGCCACAUGCACGCAGCCCCGCUCCACACACACACACGGUAUGAUCGGCCCUUACCUUUAACUUUUUACGUAAAAAGUCCACAAAUUAGGAAAACGAUGAGGUUCAGGAGCUCGGAGCGGAGGACGAGAUCAGCCGCCACGUGACGGCGACGGUUUAGAGAGCGCUGCGUUUAUGUCACACUGGAGGUCGACAAUUUAUUUUAAUUUAAUAAAAUAAUAUUCCUUUUUGAGAGGGGGAAAAAAAUUGGAAAAACAUAUUCCACCUAUAAAAUCUGAAAAUGCCACUUGAAAUUAAACUGAAAAAAAAUCCACAUGGCCAGUUGAAAUUAUUGCCAUAUAUAUAUUAUGUUCAUUUUUAAAACAAUAUUUGUACCAAAAUAUUUAAAAAAGGAUGUCCAAGUUAAAAAAAAGAAUUAUUUUCGCAGCCAGUGUGAACAGGAGGAACUCUUUCUACGUGCUGAAAGCGUGACGUGGGUGUCGUGUUUUGUCAGACUUUAAAUCAAACUGUAAAUUUAAUCAUAAAUCAGAUUUAUUAAUAUCAGACGGCGAUUAAAACCGCCCGUCUUAACUCUGCGUAUCGACACCUCACAGGACGUGUGUGGGUUUAAAGAUCU